UGCUGAACAACGGAGAGAGAGGUCGGUUUUCUUCCAGCUCCCUUGUUGCUGCCACUACGCUUCAGCCCACUGACACCAUGGAUAGAUGAUCCUGGCUCUGCACCGCUAUGCUACAGUUGCGUGGCCGCUACCUGCUGCUCUUCCUGGGAGUGCAGCUGGUGGUGAUGGCCCUGCUGUACCGCGAGGGCUACCGGAAACGUGUUGCUUAUUUCCUAGGCAUUUUUUGCAAAGGGGGCACAUUGACUAUGCUGGCCAGCCUCCCCAAUGCAUCACUGCCAGGGGAUGUCUAUGCCAACCUCAGCCUGAUUGCCCGGCCCCCUCUGCCCCCUGAAGAUCUUCCCUAUUGCCCUGAAGUCUCUCCUUUUCUUGGAGGGCCCAUUCGAGUGACCCUUCCCCUUGGAUUGUCGCUUGAAGAUGUCUUGCGAAAGAAUCCCUAUGUGAGCAAAGGGGGGCGUUACCGUCCCCCCGACUGUGAUGCCAUUCACAAAACAGCUGUCAUCAUUCCCCACCGUAAUCGGGAGCAACACCUCAAGUACCUGCUCUAUUAUUUGCAUCCUUUCCUGCAACGACAGCAGCUCAGUUAUGGCAUCUACAUCAUCCAUCAGGCUGAAAAUUACACUUUUAACCGGGCCAAGCUCUUGAAUGUGGGCUUCAAGGAAGCUAUGAAAGAUGAAGAUUGGGACUGCAUAUUCUUCCAUGAUGUGGAUCUCAUUCCGGAGGAUGAUCGAAAUGUUUAUACCUGUGAUCAUUUUCCUAAACAUGUGGCGGUUGCCAUGGACAAGUUUGGCUACAAGCUUCCCUACAAGACAUAUUUUGGAGGAGUUUCAGCACUUAGUCCCGAGCAGUACAUGAAGAUUAACGGAUUUCCUAAUAACUACUGGGGCUGGGGUGGUGAAGAUGAUGACAUUGCAGUCAGGGUAGCACUGAGUGGAAUGGUUAUCUCUCGCCCAUCUAUUCAGUAUGGCCGUUAUCGCAUGAUCAAACAUGGACAUGACAAGGGCAACGAACAGAAUCCCAAGAGAUUUAACUUGCUGGCCAAGACAAGGAGAACAUGGAAACAGGAUGGUAUGAACACCCUGGAGUAUCAGCUGCUCUCCAAGGAACUCCACCCCCUCUAUACCAAUAUCACUGUGUUCAUUGGAACUGAGAAGGGCAUGCAGCACUCCACAUGAUGCACCGCCUACAGGUUGGCAUGGGGACAGGAGCCCCACCCUGACCCUGCUUCUGGAUGGAGGAAACCAAAGAUUCCACAGAGGGAUAUCUUGCCCUGAGUAGGGUGGCUGUAUCAUAUUCUGACUGUAGGAUCCAGCCAGGUGCUGUGGGUAACAGCAUUGCAGUGACUGAAUGAGAAUUUUACACAGCCCCCCCUCCCCCAGAAUUGGGUGUUUUUACCCUGGGGGUAGAGGUGGGUUCUGGCCUUUUGCGGGAUGCCUUUUGAACCUUGGAUGGAGGAGCGGCGCUGAAGAAACGCAGGGCUCUCUCUGGCAAUCUGAACCUUCAGAGCUGCUGUGCCAUGGUUGGUCUUUCUUAUUAAAGUGCAAUUUAUUUUAAA